CGCGCCCGGCUCCGCGCCCGCCGAUGGCCGGCGGCAUCUUCUCCCCGCUGGGGAGCUGCGCGGCGCUGGAGGCCGCCAGCUGCCACCCGCUGGUGUGCCUGCUCUGCCGCGAGCCCUACCAGCACCCCUGCCUGCUCGACUGCUACCACAACUUCUGCGCCGGCUGCCUGCGGGGCCGCGCCGCCGACGGGCGCCUCGCCUGCCCCCUCUGCGGGCACCCGUCGGUGGUGCGGGGCGGCGGCGGGCUGCCCCCCGUGGACCGGCUGCUGCAGUUCCUGGUGGACGGCGCGGCGGAGGGCGAGGAGGAGGCGCAGUGCGCCAACUGCGACCUGCGCUGCGCCAAGGCGGACCUCGACGCCAUGUACUUCUGCAACACGUGCAGCCAGCCGCUGUGCGCCCCGUGCCGCGAGGAGACCCACCGCGCCCGCAUGUUCGCCCGGCACGACGUCGUCGCCCUGGCCAAGCGCACCAAGGACGUGCACAAGAAGUGCCCGCUCCACGAGGAGCCCUACAUCAUGUUCUCCACCGAGAAGAAGUCCAUGCUGUGCAUCAACUGCUUCCGCGACAUGCAGGGGGAGAGCCGCGCGCACUGCAUCGACAUCGAGACGGCGUACGUGCAGGGCUGCGAGAAGCUCGACCAGGCCGUCAUGGCCGUCAAGGAGCUGCAGACGGCCACGCGCGAGGCCAUCGUCCUGCUCAAGGCCAUGAUCGAGGAGGUGCGCAACAGCGCCAGCGAGGAGGAGACCGCCAUCAGCUCCCUCUUCAGCAGCAUGCAGGAGAAGCUGGCCGAGAGGAGGCAGGCGCUGCUGAAGGCGGUGCGGAGCCAGCACGAGGAGAAGGAGAAGGCCUUCCGCGAGCAGCUCGCCCACCUCGCCGCGCUGCUGCCCACGCUGCAGGUCCACCUGGUCACCUGCUCGGCCUUCCUGAGCUCCGCCAACAAAGCCGAGUUCCUGGACCUGGGCUACCAACUCAUGGAGAGGCUGCAGAAGAUCGUGAAGCUGCCCCACCGCCUGCGCCCGGCGCAGACCAGCAAGAUCAGCACCGAGUACCGGGCCGAGUUCGCCCGCUGCCUGGAGCCGCUGCUGACGCUGACGCCUCGCCGCUCCGUGGUGGGCAGCGCCGGGGCCAUCGGGCCCGGCAUCGCCGCCGCCAACAUGAUCUCCGGCAGCCCCGGCUCCAAGACGCUCCUGGUGCCCGGCCGGCCGCCCGCCGCCGCCGGCACGGCCAGCAGCUCCGUGGUGCGCAAGCCGACCAUGCACCGCUACAUCAGCACCAAGGUCCUGCUGGCUGAGGGCGGCGAGUCACCCUUCACCCAGCACUGCCGCGACUACGAGAACACCUACCGGCUGCUGCAGACGGAGAUCCAGAGCCUGAAGGACCAGGUGCAGGAGCUGCACCGCGACCUCACCAAGCACCACUCGCUCAUCAAGACGGAGAUCAUGAGCGAGAUCCUGCAGAAGUCGCUGCAGAUGGACGUGCAGAUCGCCGCCCACUACUCCUCCGUGGAGAUGAUGCGCAGCGUCUUCGAGGAGGUCUGGGAGGAGACGUACCAGCGGGUGGCCAACGAGCAGGAGAUCUACGAAGCCCAGCUCCACGACCUGCUGCAGCUGCGGCAGGAGAACAGCUACCUGACCACCAUCACCAAGCAGAUCGCGCCCUACGUCCGCUCCAUCGCCAAGGUGAAGGAGCGCCUGGAGCCCAGGUUGCAGGAAUGCCGGGAGCCCCGGGACGAGCGGGCCGAGACGCUGCUCCGGCUUUACGACGACAGCGCAGCGCCCAGCGAAGCGGCGCGCAGGAGCGAGUCGGCAGGCAGCAGCGAGGAGAGCGGCGAGAAGGCUCCGGCGAGCAAAGGGGACAACCCGCCGCUCAGCGUGGCCGCUGAAGACCCGCUCCUGAAAAACAAGGACUAUUACAGGGGCAAGCAGAAAAGCGGAAGCGACAGCACCGCCCGGCAAGAGUUUGCAACUUAAAGCAGCCAAAUGCCAAGAGAGUCCAAUCGCUUUGUGUUCAAUAUAGGUAAACGUUAGCUAAUUAAAGUGUAUUUAACGAGGA